AUGAUCCGCCCAGUCGGCGUAACCUACCAGUCCGGUAUCGGCAAGAGCACCCUCAUCAAGAGCUGGAGCAUGCGCUACACCAAGACUCGCAGGCGCCCCCAGCCCCUCCCCGGCGCCAAGGAGCUCACCCCCACCGAGAAGCAGGCUGCCGUUGCCGCUGCCAAGAAGCAGGCCGACUACAACCCCGAGCCCUGGAAGAACAACGGCGUGUGGGAGAACAAGAUCGUCUCGUUCGUCGUGAACGGGGAGGCCUGGCACUCCCGGGAGCGCAUGUACGGAUUGCUGCACCACUACCACAGCGGGAGCGCGCACACCAAGUGCCACAUGAUGGGCAACUCUCUCGCCGACCGCAUCCUCGUGGACGAUCGCGUCACGGAGAAGCUGUCGGAGAGCACGUGGACCACCACCGCCUUGCACCACGGCCUCCAGUACGGCACCCAAGGGCCCCUGACCCACCCCAGGAACGAACGCAACAAGUGGACUGGACUUGGCGCCGUCGCCACCCGCGACUCCGUGGUGGCGGAGGGCGACAACAUGAGCAGCCUCGGAGCCGAUCACGCGGACAAGAAACGCUGGGCUGACCUAGAGCUUCCCUUCGCGGACUUCCUGCUCAACGCUCGCCUGGUGCUGACCCGGGUGAUGAAGAAAAACGACAUCCCUCCCGACCUCCACGAGGCACUGUUCCUGUCCUGCAUUGUCCACGCCUCCGACCACACCCUCAUACACAGAAUCCAGUGGGGCAAGGUGUUCAACCUCGACACGACCAACACUUUCAAGCCUGGCACCUGGUGAGCGCCGCUAUCUGUACUUAAGAGGGACAGAGAGACAGAGAGACAGCAGGAGAGGGGGGUAGACAGAUAGACAAAAAUACGAACGGGGGGGGGGGGGGGCGUACUCUUAUGUUUUGCAUGCCUUAGCAGUUAAACCAUUGACCACGCGUCUUCGAGAGGACGGAGCAUUGUUCCCACAGGACCGAUCACCGAUGGCCAAUCGUUCC